AUGCGCUUGGAGCUGGACUCGGCGCUCCAGGUGCUGCUGGUGGACUUCUUGGAAACACCGGUGGGUUUGGCGGAAAUACCAUGGGCACCCUCGGUGGUGGCUUCAACGGCGGUGGCAAUCAAAUGCCUGGUUUCGGUGGUCGUGGCGGUGGUUUUGCUGGUGGGUAAUAUGUUCGGUGGAGCUGGUGUUGGCAUGGGUGGCUUCAACGGGAAGGGUGCAAGUGGAUUCGGACAGCAGAUGGGGUUCGGUGCACAAGGUGGAAAUGGGUUUGUUGGGAUCGGAGGACAGGGUGCAAGGGGGAACUUUGGUCAAAGUGGCAACAAUGGGUUCAUCGGUGGCCAGACUGGAUUUGGAGGUGCCGGUACGGCUAGUGGCAAUGCGUUUGGUCGUGAAGGCUUUAAUCGCCGCGAGCGUCAGCGUCGUCGUUGA